AGUAACUGAGCUAAUUCUUUUGCUGAAACUUCAGAUACGACCUAUACGUUAAUAUUAACUGUGGAUGUUUUAAUAUAAGACUAACUGAUCUUUCUAAUGGUCGACUGUAAGCUAGCGGCCUUUGGAAGUCUUACGAAUUCUAAUCAAAAUGGCCGACACUGUUAUCGGUUUUAAAUUUGCAGAUGAGAGUUACUUUGAUGCUCCCGUUAAAAAGGAGUAUUGGGACCGGAUACAAAGUGGCAAAGAAGGAAAUUUCUAUCUCCAGCGUCUUGCCGGUCAGUUGGCCAGCGAAAAUAAUAUAGCCCUUACCUCCUACCAGGUCACAGAGGUAAAGGAAGGAGGGUACACAAGUGGUGCAAAGUUAAGGCAACUGCAUGUGCCAAUACAACAAAAUGAAAAUGCUGAAGGUGGUGAUAAAGAAAAGAAUGGGGAAAAUCAGUGGGCCCAUGGGGCGAUCCUUCUGCUUAUGGAUACCUAUGCCAAACAUAAGCAACAAUUCGCAAUUCCUACUAUGAAGAAAAUAGAGGUGUGGAAGAGGAUUGCCUCUGAAAUGGCAGCCUCAGGAUUCCACUUUGCUCCAGCAGCAAUUGAGAAGAAAUGGAGCAAUAUGAAAAUACGGUAUAAAGCUAUAGUAGACUCGAACAAGAAAACGGGCCAAGGAAGAACAAGGUGGAAUUACUAUUCCAGAAUGGCCGAAAUCUUGGAGGGAGACCCUUCAGUCAUUCCACCAGUGACAAUAUCAUCACUGGGGGGUGUAAAAGUAAGCACUCUCUCAGAGAUUACCAAUACCCAGCAAUGUGCCACCCCUCCAAAGGAGCAAAAACACCAAAGAAAGUCUAUGGAGACUCCUGUGUGCAGGAAACGGAAGAGACCGAACUAUGAAUCAUCAGAGCAGCUUCAGAGUUGUCAUAUAAGGAACCUGGCAAUGCAGGAAGAGAUAAUGGCGGAGGAGAGACAAAGAACAGAAUUGGAUAGACAAAGACUAGAAUUUAUGAGAAACACUGAGAUAGAAAGAACAGAAUUAAUGAGAACCAUGGAGACACAAAGAACAGAAUUGGAUAGACCAAGAACAGAAUUGGAUAGACAAAGAACAGAAUUUAUGAGAACCAUAGAGACACAAAGAACGGAAUUAUUAGAAAAAUUAGUCAAACACCUAAUGAAGAGUUAGAAAAAAAUUUUUUUGAGAUUUUUCCAUAUAUUUAGUUUGCCUGUUGAUUUUAGAAGUUUGCGAUUCCUUUUAGUUUACACAAAUUUAAUUCUUCUGAAUGAAAUGCUUUUUGAAUGUGACAGCAAAAACUCCAAAUGGAAUGAUUUACAGUGAAUGUGUAUCCAUUGUAAAUGUUUAUGUGAGAUGUAUUGCAUAUAGGCUGAAAGUUGUAAAUUCUAACUCCCUUCCCAUUACAUUUCCAAAAUAAGUGUAACUAUGUUGUAAGUAUGCAUGAGUUUAGAUGUGUUUGGAGUGGGCAAGUUGAGGGAUUCUUAAGAGAUUUCAAGCUGAGACUUGUAUAGACUGUUUUCUACAGCUUUUAGUCUUCUUUAGUCCUAAGUACUUACUUAAUUGACAGUAAGGGCACUAUAUGUAUUUUGUACUUUAAAUCAAUUCCGCCUACUAUCCCAACAUUGGUUACGGGCACGACCCUACCAAAUAAAGGACAUUGCUUUGAUUUUAGUACUCAAUAAAAACUUACACGCCCUUA